AACUGCGGAAAGUCGCACACACAACACAACCAACCAACAAAUGGCGAGCAGGGUCAAGACGGGAGCCACGGCAGGGGCUGGGAAUGGGAACGGCGCUGCUGCCAAUGGGAAAGCGGGCAAGGCAGCGGCGGCGGCGGAAGCGAAGCCAAAGCCCUUUUUGCAAUUCGAUCCACACCUAACACCCAAGAGCUCGACGUACCGCAGUGCACAGGUGGUCGGCGAAGGCGUGUUUGGGGAUGUGCGCAAGUGCUUCUCCAAGAAGAUGAAGAAGUUCUAUGCCCUGAAGAAGAUCAAGUACAAGAAGGCUGAAGACGGCUUCCCUGUCACGGCGCUCCGUGAGAUUCAAAUCACACAGCGCCUCUCACACCCAAACGUCAUCAAACUGAAGGAGGUCGCCGUCACCCCUGCAGCUGUACAUGACAUUGGAGACGACAGGUUCUGCUAUUUGGUCUUCCCUGUCAUUGAGCACGACCUGUGCGGGCUCAUCGGCAACAAGGACUGGAACCCAAAGCCAAACCACAUCAAAUGCUUGAUACAGCAGCUGUUCCGAGGGCUUAAGUACAUCCAUGCCAACAGCAUCCUUCAUCGAGAUAUCAAGAGUGCGAACAUCCUUGUGAGCAGGCAUGGUGUGCUGAAGAUUGCAGACUUUGGCCUUGCGCGGCCGUACCGACCUGAAUCCGUCAGCGCGCAAUACACGGGGCUCAUCUGCUCGCGGUGGUACCGCCCGCCCGAAAUUCUCCUCGGCGUUGACAAGUACGCGCCGGCGCACUACACCGCAGCCGUAGACAUCUGGAGCGCGGCGUGUGUUGUUGGGGAGCUGGUGGCUCGCGACGUCAUUCUCAAGUCGCGAGCGGGCAAAUCGGACAAGGAGCUUGACAUCACGCAGUUGACGCUCAUACACGAGCUGUGCGGCUCACAGGAGUUUGACACGUGGCGAGCGUGGAGGGACAGCUGGAUUUCCUUCAAGGACAAACGCAGGUCCACCCUUUCCCAAAGGUUCACGCCAAAGGCAAGCGCUCUGGGCGGCCAGCACUUUGCGCGCCAGUUUGUCAAGUUUGCCAUGUUUCUCUUCCGCGUCAACCCAGACGCCCGCCCCACAGCCACCGCUGUCCUCGCACACGACUUCUUCAAGUCCACACCGCCGCCCUCUCUGCCGAGCGAGGUUCCGCUGCCGCAGGAGGAGUGCCGCGAGAUCAACACGAGGCGAUCCCGCCCCGGUCACAGCAAGCAAUCGCAGCAGCAAUCACAUUCACAACAACAUCAACCACGCUCACACUCACAACAACAACCACGCUCACGCUCACAACAGCAGCAAAGGCGUGGGCCUGCAAGCAAGCGAGCGAAGAUAGGUGGCACGUAGCGUGGCACAUGGCAAGCAGUGGACAUUAUUGUAACUGAACGAUCGAUACACGUGUGAAAGUGAAUGUAUGUGUGCAUGUGUGUGCAUGUGUGCGUGUGUGUUGUGUCAUUUCAACAUUAUCGACCGACUGCAGAGCGCGUGUGUUGUUGCGUCGGAUAUCGUAUAUUCGCACGUGCUACGAUGGCGUUGGCAUUGGUGUCGCAAGCACAGGCAAUAAAAGCGGGCAGCGAAG